AUGAGUGUUGCUACAGUAUUAGAAGCCUCUCCGAUUACUCCGAUUAACGAACAAGCCGAUAGUGCACAAAAUGUGGAUUUGCAGCGAGAAGCCUCAAAAAAAGAAAAAGAAAGACAAAAGAAAGAAAUAAAAGAACAAAAGGCGCGAGAAAAAAAAGAAAAAGAGAAAAGAGAAAAAGAAAGAAAAGAGAGAGAAAAACGAGAAAAGAAGGAAAAGAAAGAACGUAAAGUAACAAAUGAAUCAUUACCUCAAACUCAAAGUGCAGAUUCUGAAACAACACUUGUUCCAGAAAAUACAAAUACUAAGGAAUUAAAACAGAAAGCGUCUCUUCCUUCUCUUGAUACUAAAUUGCCCGAUACAUCGAAUUCUGCACCUAAUUCUCCAAUACCUGUUUCGCCAACCAAACCAACUAUUAUCACCAAUCCUUUGAUAUUAAAUCAUGAACAAUCAAUCAAUUCACCGUCUACAUUUUCGCCAAUUAAGUCUCGAGAAACUCCCGAAAAUGAAAAUCCUUUACAAGUAAAUACAACUAAUUUACAAUCUGUACCUCAGAGUCUUGAAAGUGCAAUAAGUGAUGCGACACAAUCAAAUAUUAACGAUAUCACGGAGGAAACUUCCUCCACAGAAAUCGAUUCACUGCCGAUUAGAAAUUGGUCGAGUGCCAUCGGGCAAGUACGAGGAUUUUUCUCUCGUACUGUAGAGAAAAUCAAUCAAAAACUCGAUGAACUCGAUGAUCAAUUGACAGAUCAGUAUAGCGAUGAAGAUUUGGAAUCCGAAGGUUCAUCUAUUCACGAAAAUUCACCUACUUCAACAGCAAAUUUACCAAACCAUGAUGCUCCUCAACCAGUACCAUUAACUCGUGAACAAUCAAUCGCUGAACAAAAACAGCAACGCCAAGAAUUGCUGGGAAAUACACCGGAGGAUAAUCCAGCACCUGUCCGAGGUCAGAAAAUGAAUCAAUUGAGCGAUAAAUUGGAAAAUAUGAACAGUGCGAGCUCUGAAUUUGCGAGAAUAGCGAGAGAAAUCGCAAAAAGAGAGGCUAAUAAAAAAUGGUACAAUAUUUUUUAA